AUGUCAUUAUCACGGAAACGACAAAAUGGGAAUUUGUCUGAUGAAAGCUUGUCUGGCAUUAAAAGACAGGCAUUCGGUUAUAAACCUAUAGCAAGAUUAUAUAAUAUUAAACCUGGCCAGCAACAUAUGAGUAUCCCUAGAAAAACUGAAGAUGUCCUUAUUGGAAGAAGUAGCUCGUGUGAUGUUAGAAUUAAUGGCAAUGAUGUUUCUUCCAAGCACUGUAAGUUGACAUUGACUAUAAAUAAUAAUCGAGAAUACUUAUGCAUAAAGGACCUCAGCUCAAAUGGUACCUAUUUAAAUGAUGAAAUAAUAGGUAAAGAUUCGUCUAUAUUACUAAGAAGUGGGGACAAGCUAGAUUUUGCCAAGACAGGGGGAUCCUAUAUAUUUCGAUAUAUCAUUGAUAUUAAAAAUACAAAAGUACAACAGUCGAAGUCUUUCUUUGACGAUUAUAUACUAGGCGAACAGCUAGGUUCGGGGCAUUAUGCUGUCGUUAAAGAAGCCACAGAUAGAUCUACAGGGGACGUAGUAGCUGUCAAAAUUUUCCAUCCAAACAAAACUAAUGGCCAAGGAAACGAAAACGAUGAUGUUAAACUCCAACAAGAAAUGAACUUAUUAUUAUCUAUAAAUCAUCCAAACAUAGUAAGAUUUAUAUCACAUUAUGUGGAGCCAAUCAACCAAUAUUCUGUGACAUCGUACUUGGUGUUAGAAAAAAUGAAUAAUGGUGAAUUGUUCCAAAGAAUUAUUAAUAAACUGAAAUUAAGACAAGACGAAACGAGAGCUAUUUUCAAGCAGCUUCUAUCAGGAUUGAUGUACUUACAUGAGAAUAGUAUUAUACAUAGAGACAUUAAACCAGAAAAUAUAUUACUCGAUAUCACGCCAAGGACAUCAAAAGAUCAGAAGCAAACAGGGCCUUGGGAUGAGAAUGAGUAUGAUAUAAAGGUUAAAAUAGCUGACUUUGGUCUUGCAAAAUUUAUUGGUGAACUAAAAUUCACGAACACAUUAUGUGGAACUCCUGCGUAUGUUGCACCAGAAAUACUAAGCAAUAAAAGAAACUACUCUACAAAGGUUGAUUUAUGGCUGAGUGGAGUAUUGCUAUAUGUAUGUCUUUGUGGGUUCCCUCCGUUUAGUGAUGAAUUGGGACCACCAAAUAUGAGGGAACAAAUAUUGACCGGAAAAUAUGCAUUUUAUUCACCAUAUUGGGAUGACAUUAAUGAUUCUGUAUUACAUUUGAUUAGUUCAUUAUUGGUAGUUAAUCCAAGCGAAAGAUUUGAUGUCAUCCAAACUUGUGAGCAUUAUUGGUUUAAUGAGCAAGAUGAUUCUAGCGACCGCGUGAUGAUAAACAAUGAUGAGAGUGUACAAAGAGCUCCUGUAAGAUCUAAUAGUCUGCCACUAAGUUUAAGAGAUAAAUACAAUUCUGAAAUUAUGAGCGACGCUAACCAAAAGUCUUCAAUUAUGUGA